AUGGUCAGACCGUUGGAGAGAAUGUGUGACAUCAACGAUAAGAAGGAGCUAUGGAAGGUGGCGGUCAGGGUGCACCGUAAAUGGAAGGUUGUUUCCAAUAACAAUGAACACUUUAAGAUGAUAUUCAUAGACAGAGAUUCGUCGCACAAGUUUAUGGUGAAGUUUACCGAAGGAACAUCCGUUGGUGACGAUGAUAAGCACGAAAUACCACCCAAGGCAAUAAAGUUUACCAGGUUUUUUGAUAUCAUCACCCGCAAAUUUGUCAAAGAUGUCCUGAUAGAUGUCAUUGGAAUGGUUGAUAACAUUGAAUUUUCGCAGACACAGUCAGGGGCAAAAAAACAACAAGUUAAUUUAGUACUACGUGACCUCGGCAACAACAUUGUCAACUGCACUAUUUGGAAAUCGUAUGCCGACCAAUUCAUCAAUUUUACUCAGGACCAGGUCAAUGUGUCUGGUCCAACAGUGGUUUUGCUUCAAUAUGCAAAAGUGAAGGAAGAGGGGAAGUUUUCGUUGUCUGUCACAAACUCCUACAAUGUUAUUGUGCUUUACCUCGAUGCUGAUUUUCUUCCAAUCAAGGAGUUUAUAAAUAGUAUCCCUAAAGAGGCUUUAGUUAGUGUGUCUGGACAACUAAGUUGUAACUCUCAACUUUCCUCACAGGGCUCUGAAAAUACUCAAUUGGAUCCUAUUCAAAAGUUGCUUUCUAAGGUUGUUGAUAUGCCUUUCGCUGAGAUUACUAAGCUUAUUGACGAAAUGAGAGAUGAAGCAAGAACAAACGAGAUCAAAUGA